AUGAUCAAAUCAACCCCAAUUGAUGCACCUGAUCGAAAAUCCUUGGAGAGUGCAAAGGAAGCUAUGGAUGAUGUGAACUUGUACGUAAACGAAAUGAAACGCGACAAUGAGACGAGGCAACUGAUUAGUGAGGUCCAAAGUAGUAUCACGGAGUUGGCUAUGCCGGAAGAUGUCACUCUAAUGGAUUAUGGUCGUUUGAAUGCAGACUGUGAGGUUCGAUUGGCCGAAUCGACGGGUCAUCAAUAUGGGAAGAUGAAACAACGUCAUGUCUUCAUUUUUGACAAAGUGCUGAUCAUUUGUAAAGCUAAUCGGGUAGGGAUGCUCAUAGUCCUGUACCUUAUAGUUUGUUCCUUUGCUGAAGGAAGUUGCUUUAAAUACUAUUUAGAAUAA